GGUACUGGGUGAGGCCACCGCAAACUUGGAUGGCAUCGAUGGAGAAGUUCGAAACAGACAUCUCGAGAGCUUGCCAGAUAACAAACUGGUGGAGAAAAUGAGUAAGGAUCCAAAUAGGCUAUCGAUAGAAAGGAUCUACCAGAAGAAAACCCAGCUGGAGCACAUUCUGCUCAGACCGGAUUCCUACGUUGGAUCAGUGGAGCCAGUCACACAGCAAAUGUGGGUGUACGAUGAAGAAGUGGGACUGAACUGCAGGGAUGUGACAUUCGUACCAGGCCUUUACAAGAUCUUUGAUGAGAUCCUUGUGAACGCUGCUGACAACAAGCAGAGGGAUAAGAGCAUGUCCUGCAUUAAGGUCAACAUUGAUGCUGAAAACAACGUUAUCAGUGUGUGGAACAAUGGGAAAGGUAUCCCCGUGGUGGAGCACAAGGUGGAGAAGGUGUAUGUGCCUGCCCUCAUCUUUGGACAGCUCCUCACCUCCAGUAACUACGAUGAUGAUCAGAAGAAAGUUACUGGUGGCCGUAAUGGAUAUGGUGCCAAACUCUGCAACAUUUUCAGUACCAAGUUUACUGUUCAGACUGCCUGCAAGGAGUCCAAGAAGUCAUUCAGUCAGACGUGGUACAAUAACAUGGGCAGGGCGGGAGAGUCGAAGAUCAAGCCCUUUGAUGGAGAAGAGUUCACCUGCAUCACCUUCCAGCCUGACCUGGCCAAAUUCAAGAUGAGUGCUCUGGACCAGGACACUCUGGCCCUCAUGACCCGACGGGCUUAUGACAUCGCCGGCUCCACCAAGGGGGUCCGGGUGUUCCUCAAUGGCAAGAGGCUGCCUGUUACAGGUUUCCGCAGCUACGUUGACAUGUAUGUGAAAGACAAGGUAGACGAGCUGGGCGGGCCCCUCACCGUGGUCCAUGAGGUGGUCAAUGACCGCUGGGAGGUCUGCCUCACCAUGAGCGAGAAGGGCUUCCAGCAAGUCAGCUUUGUCAAUGGCAUCGCCACCACCAAGGGAGGGAGGCACACCGACUUCGUAGCAGACCAGGUGGUGUCCAAGCUCAUCGAGGUAGUGAAGAAGAAGAACAAGGCAGGAGUGGUUGUCAAACCAUUUCAGGUGAAGAACCACAUGUGGCUGUUUGUCAACUGCCUGAUUGAAAAUCCCACAUUUGACUCCCAGACCAAAGAGAACAUGACCCUGCAGCAGAAGAGCUUCGGUUCCACCUGUCCCCUCAGUGACAAGUUCAUCAAGCAGGCCAUUUCCUGUGGCAUUGUGGAGAGCAUCAUGAACUGGGUGAAGUUCAAGGCCCAGUCACAGCUUAACAAGAAGUGCUCAGCUGUCAAACACACAAAGAUCAAAGGGGUGCCCAAGUUGGAUGAUGCCAACGAUGCAGGUGGCAAGAAUUCUGCAAGCUGUACGCUGAUUCUGACGGAGGGAGACUCAGCCAAGACGCUAGCCGUGUCUGGGCUGGGUGUUGUGGGCCGAGACCGCUACGGGGUCUUCCCUCUCAGGGGAAAAAUGCUCAAUGUCCGGGAAGCCUCCCAUAAACAGAUAAUGGAGAACGCGGAGAUCAAUAACCUCAUCAAGAUCCUCGGUCUUCAAUACAGGAAGAACUACGGUGACCCAGAGUCCCUCAAGACCCUCCGCUACGGCAAGCUGAUGAUCAUGACAGAUCAGGACCAGGAUGGCUCCCACAUCAAAGGGCUGCUGAUCAACUUCAUCCAUCACAACUGGCCUUCUCUGCUCCACCACAACUUCCUGGAAGAGUUCAUCACCCCCAUCAUUAAGGCAACUCACAAGAAAACCCAGGUGUCUUUCUACAGCAUCCCCGAGUUCACAGAGUGGAAAGAAAACCAGCCCAACUUCAAAUCUUGGAAAAUCAAAUACUACAAAGGUCUGGGUACCAGCACAUCGCAGGAAGCCAAGGAGUAUUUUUCAGACAUGCAGAGACAUCGUAUUCCAUUUAAGUACUCUGGACCUGAGGACGAUGAGGCAAUCACCCUGGCCUUUAGCAAGAAGAAGGUGGAUGAGCGUAAAGAGUGGCUGACCAACUUCAUGAUAAACAGGCGCCAACGCAGGGAAUUCAACCUACCAGAGGAGUAUCUGUAUGGUCAGUCCAUCAAGGCUCUUUCCUACAACGAUUUUGUCAAUAAGGAGCUGGUGCUCUUCUCCAACUCGGACAACGAGAGAUCGAUCCCCUGUCUGGUGGACGGUUUGAAGCCAGGCCAGAGGAAAGUGCUGUUCUGUUGCUUCAAGAGGAAUGACAAGCGGGAGGUGAAGGUGGCCCAGCUGGCAGGUUCUGUGGCUGAGAUGUCAGCCUACCACCAUGGAGAGGUCUCUCUGAUGAUGACCAUCAUAGCCUUGGCCCAGAACUUUGUCGGAAGCAACAACGUGAACCUGCUGCAGCCUCUGGGUCAGUUUGGAACAAGGCUUCAUGGCGGCAAAGACUCAGCCAGCCCUCGAUACAUCUUCACCAUGCUCAGUCCCCUGGCUCGGCUCCUCUUCCCUGCCGUCGACGACAACCUGCUGAAGUACAACUAUGAUGACAACCAGCGCGUGGAGCCUGAGUGGUACAUCCCCAUCAUCCCCACUCUGCUGGUGAACGGGGCUGAGGGCAUCGGCACCGGCUGGGCCAGCAAGAUCCCAAACUACGACGUCAGAGAGAUUGUCAACAACCUCCACCGCCUGCUCAAUGGGGAGGAGCCACUGCCCAUGCUUCCCAGCUACAAAGGCUUCAAGGGGACCAUUGAGCAGGUGAUGGCAAACCAGUUCAUGAACAGCGGAGAGGUGGCCAUCAUCAAUUCCACCACCAUCGAGAUCUCUGAGCUGCCAGUCAAGAGCUGGACGCAGACCUACAAGGAGAAUGUGUUGGAGGCCAUGCUGAACGGUACAGAGAAGGUGCCCUCCCUGAUCACAGACUAUAAGGAAUACCACACCGACACCACGGUGCGGUUUGUGGUCAAGAUGACGGAGGAGAAGUUGAGGGAGGCGGAGGCUGCCGGCCUGCACAAAGUCUUCAAGCUUCAGAACCCGCUCACCUGCAACUCGAUGGUUCUGUUUGACCAUGUGGGCAGCCUGAAGAAGUACGAGUCUGUGCAGGACAUCCUGAAGGACUUCUUCGAGCUGAGAAUGAAGUACUACGUGCUGAGGAAGGAGUGGCUGACUGGCAUGCUGGGCGCAGAGAGCUCCAAGCUCACCAAUCAGGCCCGCUUCAUCCUGGAGAAGAUCCAGGGGACUCUGGUCAUCGAGAACAAACCAAAGAAGGAGCUGAUCCGCAUGCUGCAGCAGAUGGGCUACGACUCGGACCCGGUUAAAGCCUGGAAGCAGGCCCAGGAGAAGAAUGAGGAGGAGAUGGGAGAUGAUGGAGAGGAGGAGGGGGAGAAGGAGGAAGACACCAGCGGACCGGACUACAACUACCUGCUGAAUAUGCCCAUGUGGUUCCUGACCAAAGAGAAGAAGGAGGAGUUGUGCAAACAGCGGGAUGCCAAGAUGACAGAGCUAAACACCUUGAAGAGGAAGACCCCGGGAGACCUGUGGAAGGAAGACCUCAGCAUGUUCACUGAGGAGCUUGAGCGUGUUGAGGAGCGAGAGAGGGAGAGCGCCGCCAUGCCUGCAGUAAAGGGCGGUAAAGGCGGCAAGGGCAAGGCGGUGAAGCUGAAGCAGGAGUACCUGCCCACACCGCAGGGCCGCCGCGUCAUCCCCCGGGUCACCAGUGCCAUGAAGGCUGAGGCCAACCGCAAGGCCGACCUCAAGAAAGGAGAUGGCAAGAGGGGCAAGAAAGUCAAGGGUGAGGAAAUAGCGAGGAAAAUAGAGUUUGAUGAAAAUGGAGAGAAUGUGGAGCAGGCGGAGGAAAUGAGCUUGGCUGUCCGACUAAGCAAGAAGACCAAGGUCCCGGCCAAGGAGAAAGGUUCAAAGUCGGGCAAACAGGCCACCCUCCAGUUCAAACCACUGGGCAAGAAGCCCAAGAAGAACCAAUGGUCUGAUGAGGAGUCUGGGACCGACAGUGACCAGGAAGACAUCACGGAGGUAGAGGAGGCGGUACCCCCCAGAGAGAAAGUCGAACGCAAAACAAAACUUGCUGUGAAGUACAUGUCCAGCAGCGAGGAUGACCUGGAAGACUGCUGGAAGAGAAGUGCUCCGACAAAGAAGACGCUCAUCAGCGACGACGACGAUGACACCAGCUUCGCUCCUGGGCUCAGCGACGUGGACUCCCCGCCCGCAAAAGCUCCCAAGCCCAAGAAGAAAGUGGCGCCGAAAGAAACGACAAAAACCUCAGGAGCCAAAAGCAAGUCCAGCUCCCAGUCAGAAGAUGGGCUCGUAUCAGCCAAGGCCAAAGACCCUCCGGCUAAGAAGCCUGCCGCUGCCAGGAAGCCAUCUGCACCCAAGAAGAAGGCUGCAGACACAAAACAGCCGUCCAUCCUGGACGCCCUUUCCAAAUCCAAACCUGCCUCCAAAACCGCCGCAAAGACUGCGAUGUCAUUGGAGUCAAGCGAAUCAGAGGGCGGAGCCAAAGCUUCCACCACCAAGGUCCCAGCGAGCAGGGUGAAGCCCCUCCUCAAACGGAAGCCAGUGGAGGACAGCGGAGACUCAGACAGCAGCUCUGGAGACCUCAGAUCCCGCAUCAUGAGAAAAACCGACGCCAAGAAGACCAAGAAAUGGGACAAGGAUGACAGCUUCCAGGUUUCAGACCAGGAAGAUGCGGCGCCUGUUGCUGUGGCACCCAGACAAAAACCCUCCCGGGCCAAGAAACCGGUCGUAUACGCCCUGGACUCUGACUCCGACUCCGACUUCUAAUUUAAAGUGACCGACCUCAGCUGCCCAUGUUUGUAAAUGGCAAGACCCUGUGCGAGUUUUCCUGUGCUCAGUGUGUCACAGUCGAGCCCAGCUUUGCAGAUGUAAGUUGUAUCGCUACUGCACGUACACUCACUAAACCACCGUGUUAUGGUUUAGUGUGUGCUCAUUUAAAAAGUGAUAAUGCAAUUAAAAUUAAUUGCAAGACGUUGUUGUGUUAUUUUAGCUUCUAAAAAGUGAUUGGAACCUAGAAUUUUAAAUUGGAUAAUUUGUCUGGGCAGUUUAUUUUUCAGCUUCUUUUUUAAAACAACUGGUGUUUUAUACUCAAGUUUUGCCCUGUAAAUAUUUUUGUGUUCUUUUACUUGUUGUAUUGUAAAAUAAAUGUUUUU